AUGCUUGACAUAAUACUCAUCGCGCUACGCGCCGUGCAGGCUCUCUUCGCCAUUAUAGUCCUCGGACUCACCGCCCAUGUCGCAUCCUACGGCUUGACCCCCUCCUCCGACAGUUUCAUGGUGUUUGCCUCCGUCUGGACGCUCCUCAUCCUCAUCUAUCUCGCCCUAGCGCCGCGAUUCUUCUCCGCCGUCGCCCACCCGAUGGCCAUGCUCGCUCUCGACGCGCUGACCAUGCUAUUCUGGUUCGCCGGGUUCAUCGCGCUCGCCGUCUACCACCACCAAGCGGAAAAUGUGUAUCUCGGAGACGGGUUAGGGGACGUGUAUAAAGGGUGCGCACUCGCGGGGGGGUUCUGCGGGGAGAUUGAGGCGGCGGCGAUCUUUGGGGCGUUUGAGUGGGCCCUCUUCGUCGCUACCACUGCGUUACUGGCACUCGAGUUCAUGCGCGGCCGUGGUGGAAGGUCAUCCAAGAAUGCCGCCGGCCCUUCGACAUUCGGCGGCACUACGCAGGUUUAG